CUGAGCGACGCGGCGGUGGAAGAUCAGCGAUCGCUAGCGUGAACAUGGCGGAGACCGUACGCUCGCUCUUCGACUACCGGGAGCCUCCGAGCCUGGACAGCGACGGAGAGGGCGUCAAACCAGCGCCGCCGCCGCGAGGGCGUGGUUGUGGAAGGAAAAGGAAAGGGACGCCUGUGAAAGUCUUUGUCACCCACAACGAGGAGGAGAGCGUGCCUGAACACAGCUUCAGUCCAGGUGAUCGUAAGGAAGCAGCAGAGAAUAAACGGCCCACACUGGAUGGGCCUUUCUACAACACAGAGCCUGCUCCUCAGAACUGCGGUCCAUCAGAGCAGGCUGAUGACGGAGGUUCCAGUGGAGCCAAGACCAGCUCCUCCUCAGCCUCUACACCUGCACCACCCUCUGCCCCAGCUCGCACCCCAACUCCUGCUUCAACUCCUGCUCCACCUCCAGCUCCUGUUUCAGCUGCUGCUUCAGCUGCAGCCCCAGCUCCAGCUCCUGCCCUGGCCCCUGCACCCGCCCCUGCUCCAGCUACUUCAACUCAGGCCCCAGCUCUGACCCCCACCACUACAUCUUCAACUGCCCCAGCAGCCUCUGCUUCAGCCCCGACAGCCGGCUCCUUCCCUCCUUCCCCUAACUGCCGCAUCCGAGAGGUCCACUGCGGCAGCCAGGUGCGGCUCGUGGUCAUUGCCAUCCGAGACAUCACCAAGGGAGAGGAGAUCACCGUCGACUACAGCCUGACAGAGUGGGGAGAGAACCUGGGUUUCCGUGGUACUGUGUCUCCAGGGCGAUACGAGUGUAACUCUGACCCUGAGAAUAACAAUAAUAUCAAAAAGGAGGAGGAGCCCCUCUCUUUGACAGCUCAGCCACAGCAACAGGAAUACCUCACCCCCUCUUGGUCCCUUUCCCCUUCCUCCUCCCCAAUCUCCCACUCCGAUGCCAGUGACUCUGAACCCGGCGAUGAAGAUGGCGUCAAUUCCCGUGGGCGCGCACUCCGCAGGCGCAAGAAACGACGUGGCACCCCUUCAAAGAAAAAGGCCCCCCAUCGGACCCCACCUGGGCGACCUCCCCUGGCCUCACCCACCAGCCUCCCUCCUCACAGCCGCCCCUCUCCCUCAGCCCAUGCUCCACAGCAGUGCUCUGCGCCCUCCUCCUCCUCCUCCUCUUCCUCUUCAUCCUCCUCAGCCAGGCCCGUGUUCAAAGCCCCGGCCCCGCUGGGCUCCAACACCACAGCUAAUGUUAGCACCAGUGUCUCCCGAGGAGGGGUGACUACAGACUCCCAGCGCCAGACCUGUGACUACUGUGGACGCCACUUCCGCUCACUGGGCCGCCACUUGGACAAGCACCAUGCUCACCAGCCCGAUGUCUGCUCUGCCCUUGUUGAGCGCUACACACAGAUGCCCCGCCUGCAUGCACAGCAUACACACCCUGCCACAGCUCACUCACACACAAACACUCAGCAUUCGUCACAGGCCAUGGCACAGAAUCGCAGCGCAGAGCUUCCACAGAGUGGCGUCCAAGACCUCUCCAUGUCCCCUCCGACUCUCACAGCAGCCAACCAAUCCCCUACUUCCACUGGAAGAAACUCCACCCCUCCAGUCCUGACUCCUCCCAGAGGACAGAGCGCAGUACCUGUGUCAGUCUUAAAGAGAAGCCCACCACCUGUGGCCAUGACUCCACCCAGGAAGGGAGGAAUGAGGAGGCUAAAGAAAGAAAGACUGGAAGAAGAGGACGAAGAGGAAGGAGACGUGGAGGUGGUGGAGGUGAAGAGGCCAAAAGAAGAUGAGGAGGUAGAGAGCAGUAAUUCGGCCAAAGACAUUGAGCCGCCAUCAAAAGACGAGGAGGAGGAUGAGGAUGAGGAAGAGGAGGAAGAUGAAGAGGAGGAGAAUGGAGUGAUGGAGGUUGAAGAUGACAGUGGAACUGAGGAUAAGGAAAAGGAUUUGCUAAGCAGUUCGGGGCGUCUCCACAUGCUCCCCCUGCUCUCCUCCUUGUCCUCCCUGGUCCUUUACUUGCGUCGGCUACAGCACUCGGCCUUCCUGUCCCUGUCUCGGCAGCUCCAGUCUGCUGAGGCCUGGCGCCUUCUGUGCCACUCCAGCCUUGCACUCCUCAUCCUGUACAACCGACGACGUGAGUGUGAGGUCUCCAAGCUAUCCAUUGCUGAAUACCGCGCCCGCAUCACUCCCCAGUGCCCUGUUCCUGUACCGCCUGGUGCCCCACCAGCUCUUACUCCACUGGAGGCCUCCCUCUCCCCUUUUGAGCGCCUGGUGCUUCCCCACCUCCCUAGAGUUGGGGUCCAGGGGAAACGUGGGCGAGUCCAGCCCCUUAUCUUGCCCCCUCACUGUGAGCCCUGCCUGGAACUGCUCCUGCAGACACGGCAAGAUGUGGGAGUGGACCCGGCAAACCCAUAUGUCUUCGCCAGGCCAUACCACUCCCCCGCCACUCCACUCCGAGGCACUGAUCUCCUCCGCAGCUUGGCCCGCUCCAGUGGCACCCGUAAUCCUCGUGCCCUGACUCAGACCCGGGUUCGGCGCCAGGUGGCUAUCUUAACACAGCUGUUGCUACUGGGAGAAGGAGAGGAGCCUGGGCAGCCGGGAGGCAGCGCUGUGGAGAGGCUGGAGCACUUCCUGGAGAGGGAGUAUCAUGUAACUCAGAGCUGUGCCGGAAUUGGCCAGGACCCAGGCCUGAUGGGCAGAGUGGGCCGAGUGGUACUGUGUGGAGAGAGAGAUGGAGUGCUAUUCAGAGGGAUGAGUCUGCACCAUAUCUGCCUGGAGCUGGAUGUGAUGUCAGGAAAUUCUGCAGACUCAUAUUCAGAGGGAGAAUCUGAAGGGGAGCAGGUGAAAGAGAAGCCUGAGGCACCAGCCCCUGCCCCUGCCCCUGCUCCUGCUCCUGCCCCAAACCCCACACCUACCUUGUUGUUUGUGAGGAAGGGCAAGAACAAUGGACGUGUGGGGCGGCCCAAGAAGCUCAAGAACACCCAGUCAUCCAUUGCACCUGCCGCCGCACCACACACCAACCGCAGAAGAGGCUCAGGUCAGCCACGAUCAGGAAAGCGCGGUGUCCUGAAGCGUCCCUGGUCGGAGGCAGAGCGCGCAGCAGUGGAGGAGCACCUGACCCGGAAUAUCACUGAGCUUCGCGUACCCGCCAAGGCCGACUGUGAGCGUUGCUUGCAGCAGUGCCCCCUGCUGGUCAGCAACCACCGCGAUUGGCGAGCUAUCAAGUUCUACUGCCACAAUCGCAUUCAGCUGCUGAAAAAGAACCAGCGGCGUGACAGCGAUCCCCAACCCCUCACUGUCUGCUAAGAAGGGGGAGCGGUCAUCAUUGGGAGGAAGACAGGGGGAGAGCUGGGAGGGAGAAGCGAGUGGAUGUCUGGUAUUGUGCAGUAGAUCAGAGCAGAUUCUCAAAUGGUACCCUGCUGCUCAAGAAAUGCACUAAUUUUGAGAGGACAGUCCUAAAUUUCACUCUAUUCCCUUGCAGUGCAGUUUUUGUAAGUGACAUUCUAAUUUGACACCUGAUGGCAUUUUGUUUUGAGCCACACAAGAGCUGCAAUUUCAAUAAACUUCUGCUGCAGUACUGCAAGGUCUUAAAAUUACACAAGAUUCUUUAUGGUGCUCCUGUAUUGAGUAGUUACAGUGUAAGUCUUGUCAAAAGCAGUGCACUUGGAUGGGUGCCAUUUGAGAAAUGCCUUGGGGGACUUUAAAGACCAUAGCACUGGCCACAGCCUGUGUUGUAUUGUAUAUGGACCUUUUAUUUCCUUCCAAAACUGAUACACUAAAUUGAUAUGUAAACAAGGGAGGCAAGCAAGCCCUACAGUGUUGUUGUAUGAACGUCGUGGAGUAGCACUAGUGUUUUAUGGACUUGGAGAUGUUAAUAGGACAAAUGGCCUCUGCUUGGGCCACACUUUUCCUUUUUAGUGGCUCGAUAGUUAGAGUAGGCCUAACAACUGCUAAGCUAUAAGAAUAGCCAGAUUUUUCUUCAAACAAGCUUGUUCUUUUCAUACAGCUGACUGUGCAAUUCUGACUUUGGUUUGACUAUAUUUGGACCUUACUUUACAUAUAAGGUACUAGGUGAUGAAUGAGUUAUUCUUUUGCAGUUACUUUGAAGAGAUGAAGAUUGUUUUUCAUUCAAAUGGAACACAGUGUUGUGAAGAUGAAGAAUUUUUUUACAAACUCGAAAGUGGGAGUGAGACAUCUCAUGAAAGAGACAGUGUCAUCAAUACAUUGUGAUGUUUCUUUUGAAUAUCUAAAAUGUGUAGUUAAGCUACAAAGUCCAGAAACAUUAGAACUGUUCUGCAGCCUGUUGCUUGGGACUCUUGUCCCCUCCCUUGAAAACAGAUACAGUCAAGAUGUCAGCAUCUACCACUUUGCCCAAGCAACAGUUAUGUUCUUGUCUGCAUCGUUCCUAUUGUUUGUCUCUGUUUUAGUGCUUGUUGCACACCUGUUUCAAAGCAGUAAAAGGUGCUAUAGGCUAUCAAGCUGGAUAUCACUUUAUUUGUGGCAAGGAGAUUUCCUCUGGUUGUGUUAAAGUUUCUUAAAAAGUGGGCAUUUAUCAGAAGUGAACGUUCCGUGUUGCCAGUUUUGUUGAUCGUCUGUGUUGUCUUUUCCAGCAGCUAGAGCUCCUCCUGUCCUUUCCCAGCCACACUACAUGGUUUGCAGCUUGACUAGAUUUUUGGCUUCUGUCAGUGUUGCUGGAAAUCUCUGUCCAUCGGACUAAAACCUCCAUGAAACCUCGAGACAGAUACUUGAAGUAAAUUAAACUGUCAGCUAAAUCUUUAUGUUCUUUCGUGCUCUAGUCUUGCCAGUUACAUUGUACAUAACAAAUAUAUUAUCAUUAUGCUAACUGGUUGUCUGUGCUAGGCUAUAUGUAGCUUUUUCCAUUUCUGACUUACUGCUAUUUGUACAUAAGCCUGUUUGUAAAUAAUACUCACAGAAACAAAGAAAAAACAACACAAUGUAUGAAAUGCCUUGGUUAUCGUGUUAUGUUUUUCUUUUUUAUAAGUCUUAUAAAAAUUUAAAGCUUUA